AUGUGUUUACGCUCCGGACGGGGUUCUACUACGGCAUUUUCUUAACGGAUUUGGAUUCGAAAACAUUGUGUUUAAAAAUAUCAACUUGCCAUUAAGCAGAGAGGAGAAAGAGCAAGAGAAAAAGAUAAAGCAAGGAAAAGCGAAGAGAGGUUAUAUCUGAGGCAAAAAGUGAGCAGAGAAAGUGACCCGAAUGAGAGUGAAAGUGCAGUGAAACUCUUCCUUGAAGAAAGGCCACAUCCAACCCGAUAAUUGGUUCAUUUGAUGCCCCAUUGCCCAUUUGCCAUUAUCCACGCAGAUCGAGAGUUUGUUUAAAGUGUAGCCGGGCAGGGAAGUGUAUCGAAGAUUUAUAAAUAAAUAAAAAUAUAUUAAGUAGAUAUAUUCCGCCCACAGAGUGUGUGUGUGCGAGCGAGAGAGUGCGCUACCCAACAACAUAAAUAAAAAGAGAGAGAAACGAAUUCCCAGUGAAAUGUGAAAACAAAUUGUUAAAUUAGCCCGCAGUCCGCACCCCACCGCAUCGAAUCGGGCAUAGAUCAUUUCUGUCCGUAUGUGACAUGUGUGUACGAGCAUCUCCGAAAUAUAAUUAACCCCAUCGAGUGAGUCCUUGGCAUUGAGUGGUGACAACCCCCCUACCCCCUACCGAUAUAUGCAAAUGAGUUGAGGAUUUCUUUCCCUUUUGCACGCACUGCAAAUUAAAUUCCCAAGCUUAAAGUGUCAGCGAGGCGUGGCGUGGCGUGGCGCACCCGGAACCAGGCCAAGUGGCAGGCUAAAAGCUCUCAACGUGCGACCCGUAACCGGACAGGUGGAACAGCAACAAAAAACGACUUGUGGCCGCAGGAUUGAUGUUUGUGCAAAAGUUUGGGGCCAGCUGCUCAGAUGUUAGCCAAAACCCAGACCAGAACGCCGCUCUAGUAACCGGGAAUCGAGUGUAGCCGCCGCUGGAGCGAGUCCAUCCCACACCUAAUGAGCGGUGCCGCCGCGCGGCUGCUGCUGCGCCUGGAGCUGCCGGCAGCGGGCGUGAUGCCACCGCCACCCACCGACUACGACUGGGGGCCCAUCAGUGAGGAUGAGUUCCUCGCGAGUGCCACGGCCACGGAAACAGCGACAGCUACGACCCGCAGCCACGAGGAUGCGGUGCGCUAUGAGCUGGCCGACAUCCUGGGCAGCACCGUGUCCACGACGCUGUACGAGCAGGUGGUGCAGCAGUUCCUGCCCGCGCUGAGCAGCGCCAACUACACGACGCAUCCGAACCACACGGACCUGCAAACGGAUCUGCUCUAUCCGCACUACGACGAGGCGGACUUUGAUCUGGAGCCCAAUUGGACGCGCACCUGCGAGGAGGUCUACAAUCCGCUGCUGGAGAACAAUCGCAUUGAGUUCUGGGUCUGUGGCGUGCUCAUCAACAUCGUUGGACUGCUGGGCAUUCUGGGGAAUGUCAUCUCGAUGAUUAUACUGUCCCGCCCGCAGAUGCGUUCCAGCAUUAAUUAUCUGCUGACGGGUCUGGCGCGAUGCGACACGGUGCUGAUUCUCACCUCGAUUCUGCUCUUUGGCAUUCCUUCGAUCUAUCCGUAUACGGGUCACUUUUUUGCCUACUACAACAACAUUUAUCCGUUCAUCUCGCCGGUGGUGUUUCCCAUCGCCAUGAUCGCGCAAACGUCGAGCAUCUACAUGACCUUCACCGUGACCCUGGAGCGCUACGUUGCCGUCUGCCAUCCGCUGCGUGCGCGUGCCCUCUGCACCUAUGGCCGUGCCAAGAUCUACUUCAUUGUGUGCGUGUGCUUCGCUCUGGCCUACAACAUGCCGCGCUUCUGGGAGGUGCUAACGGUCAGCUAUCCGCUGCCCGAGACCGACACGGUGCUGCACUGCGUGCGGCCAUCGAAGUUGCGCCGCAAUCAGGCGUACAUCAACAUUUACAUACACUGGUGCUACCUGAUCGUCAACUACAUCAUACCCUUCCUCACCCUGGCCAUACUCAACUGCCUGAUCUACCGGCAGGUGAAGCGUGCGAAUCGCGAGCGCCAGCGCCUGUCGCGCUCCGAGAAGCGCGAGAUCGGCCUGGCCACCAUGCUCCUCUGCGUGGUGGUUGUCUUCUUCAUGCUGAACUUUCUGCCGCUGGUGCUGAACAUCUCGGAGGCGUUCUACAACCUGAUCGAUCACAAGCUGACGAAGCUCUCGAAUCUGCUGAUCACGAUCAACAGCAGCGUCAACUUUCUCAUUUACAUUAUUUUCGGGGAGAAGUUUAAGCGCAUUUUUUUACUCAUUUUUUUCAAGCGACGGCUGAGUCGUGACCAGCCGGAUCUUAUACACUACGAGAGCUCAAUAUCGAACAACGGCGAUGGCACCAUCAAUCACCGCUCGUCCGGCCGCUUCUCACGUCACGGCACACAGCGCAGCACCACGACGACGUAUCUGGUGGCCGCAGGUCCAGGCGGCGUGGGCAGCGGCGUGGGCAGCAGCUCUCAACUGAACAAUGUCCGACUCACACAAGUGUCCGGCUCGCCGGGCCUGGUCAAGAUCAAGCGGAAUCGUGCACCAUCGCCGGGCCCAGUGGUGUACUUUCCGGCACGCGAGAUGCAGCGCUCCGUGUCAACGAAUGCGAAUUCGGCGACGAAUAAUAACACGGCCAUUGGCUAUGACUGGACGCUGCAGGAUAGCAAGAAGCUCGGGGGACAUGUCUCCUCGGGCUUUUGAGUGAUCCCGAGUCAUGUUUGUACAUACACAAAGAGGUCAGGCUUUAUCUAAACGAAUCUAUAGUGUAGGAUAAAUAUAUAAAUAUAAGCUAAGUUAUGUUAACUGUAGCCUGUAGCUGUAGUAGAGUCAACAGAACUAUGCGCUCCAAGCGUUGCGUUACUUUGUGAUAAGCGUUUAGUGUUUACUACUCCUUUGCCGCUUCUAACUUCUACUUCAAGUCCUCCUAAAUAACACACAAAAGUUCCCCCAAUGCAGCUUCCUUUUUGCCGCCCAAUCAAUCGAAUUUCUUGCCCAUUUUGCACUAAAUUAGUCAGCGAAACUUUUUCGGACAAUAUCAUUUUGGUGCCACAACUUUUCUGUUUCUUUAUUUAUUAGCAAGUUUUUUUUUGGGCGCUUUUAAUUAAAUAUCCUUUCGAAAGUAUUUCAGUCAAACUUGAUGGAUGAUUUUGCCUUUUUUUUCCCCCAUCUCUUGUUGAAUGAUUUUGGGUUUUUAUUUUGCAAAAACUUUUUUCUAAAGACAAGCGCGGGGUGGGGCUGUUGACUACGGCCAAUCUGUCAACUUGUCGGAAAGUUUCUCAAACGCUGCUCAAAAGAUCAAAGUCAGAGGGAGGUGCCACGCCCAACAACAACAACUGCAUUACCAAUAGACCAUAACAACAACAACCACA